AUGGACUUUGAUCUUGUGGUCAAGAAUGGUCAGAUUGUCACAGCCAGCGAAAUAUUACCUCUCGGCCUCGAGAUUGGAGUGAAAGGUGGCAAGAUCUCUUGCAUAGGAACAUCUCUCCCAACAACCCCUGCAACAAAAGUCAUAGAUGCAGAAGGAGCCUACAUCACACCCGGCGGCAUAGACUCUCACGUUCAUCUCGCCCAAGCAAACUCUCCCACCGGUGAUGACUGGGAAACUGGAUCCCGCAGUGCCAUCGCAGGUGGCACAACAACCAUCAUCGCCUUUGCCAGUCAAGAGCGGCAUGAAGAGUCUCUGAUGCCUGUACUGCAAGACUACCAUGCCAAAUCCAGGGCGCAGAGUUAUUGCGACUAUGGCUUUCACUUCAUCUUGACAAAUCCUACAAAGCAUAUUUUGCAAGAGGAAUUACCUAUCUUGGCAGAGGAAGAAGGGAUUACCAGUGUAAAGCUUUACAUGACUUACGAGCCUAUGAAAGUCAAUGAUCGAGAGUUACUGGAGAUCAUGCUGGCGUGCAGGAAACUAGGCAUGACGACCAUGAUCCACGCGGAAAACUCGGAUAUGAUUGCCCUGAUCAUCGAAGGACUAGAGGCUAAUGGCAAUACGGAGCCUUUCUUCCAUUCUAUCGCCAGACCGCGGAUUGCAGAGGACGAAGCCUCUUAUCGCGCAAUCUCACUGGCGGAACUUGUGGACGCACCAAUCUUGAUUGUGCACAUGUCUUCGGAGACGGCAAUGGGGCAUGUGAGAAAAGCACAGACGAGGCUCUUGCCCGUUCAUGCAGAGACUUGUCCUCAUUACUUGUUCCUAUUGUCGGAGGAGAUCAAGGGCAAACCACAUGAUCAUUUCUCUGGUGCCAAGCAUGUUUGCUCACCACCAUUGAGACACCAUGCUGAAGACUUGGAAGCACUUUGGCGAGGUAUCGCGAAUGGCACAUUUACUGUCUUUUCCUCCGAUCAUGCGCCGUCAAAGUAUGAUCAUCCUGGAGGCAAGAAAUUGGGUAUUGUCGAUGGCAUACCUCGUUUCGCCAAGAUUCCAAAUGGUGUGCCAGGUGUUGAGACGCGUAUGUCGUUGUUGUUCAGUCAAACUGAGGCAUGUCUUUCGCCAGAUGAGGCUCGUCUGGGUCUGCCGAGAUUUGUGCAAUUGACAUCAACCAAUGCGGCCAAGAUGUAUGGCUUGGGUGGAGUCAAGGGAAGCAUCGCACCUGGUUAUGAUGCUGAUCUUGUCAUUUGGCAUCCUGGCAACAAGGGCGAAUGUGUAAUCAGCCAGAAUAUGCUACAUCAUGGGGUUGACUACACACCAUUUGAAGGGAUGAAAAUGCGUAAUUGGCCAAGAUAUACUGUUCUGAGAGGCCAGAUCGUAUGGGACAAGGACGGAGGAGGUGUGUUGGGAGAAAUGAAGUACGGCGAAUAUCUCAAACGAGGAAAAGGACAAGUGGUCGUCGGGAAGACCGGCGGCAGAGCCCAUGGUAUGCUGGAGAAUGAGAGACGAUACUGGAUGCAAUGA